AUGAAAAGUGAUGUCUUUAGAUAUCCCAUGUAUUUUUACAUACUAAAUGUCGAGCAGGUCGAUGAAUCAACGGUUAUGCUUUAUGGGAAACAUCUAACAGAGCUUCCCAAGACUCCUCCAACGGAUGUAUGUGGAUGCAACUCGACAUCCGCAAAGAUAUGUGUAGAAAAUAUCUAUUCCCCAGUCUUUUUAAAAGCAACCAACGGCAGAGAUGAGGAAUUGAAAGGGGACAUUAAAGCAUUCAUGGACUCCAAAGGCGUCAGAUAUGUGGUGGAACCUUCAUCGAAGGAGAAUGUAUUUUAUCCCAGUCUAGACAGAAAGAUAGAACUGAUCAAGGUUCUUCCAGAAAGAAAGGUCUCUUUUGAUGAUUUCUUUUCUGAUCAUUCAGAAGCCAUCAUAACAGAGUUUUCGAAUCCUAUAGAAAACAUUAUCAUAUCAAGAAGACUCCGGGGGCCUUGUAUCAUCAGGGUUGAUGAACAUUCCAUGUCUUCCAAGAAGGAAAUUGUUGUGAAAUCUCCGGGUAUGAUCACCUUUGUAUGCAAUUCAAAUUUCCCUAGGCUGACUUUUGGAUCGUUAGCUGUGAGGUUUAGUAGGAUAGGGAUUCUCAAGUAUUGCCUUUAUGUGCAAGGAGUCCUUCAUUGUGGAGAGGUGAGACCUGAAGAUGGAAAUGAGAGUGUGGAGGCUGAAGGGGCAAAUUAUGUAUUGCAUCACACCCCGGAAGUGCUGUUAAGGUAUCUCAACAGCCUCAUGGCCAAUGAAGGCAUAGAUUGCAUAGUAUAUCACAACCUUCCUAGCCCGAUCCUCAGGAGGUUAGAGAUAUCGAGAAUGGUAAGGUGUGAUUUGUUUGCUUUUGCAAGUGGGAACAUAAAAGGAUGUGAUUUUUCAAUUGAAGAAUUAUCUGAAGUGCUGAAUCUAGAGGCGGUAGGAGAACUAAGGAGAAAUCAAGAAAAGCCAGAGAGUUCACUUAAAAGAUUGAUCAUCGAGUCUAAAGCAAUACUCCAGAUAUUCCAGGCUACAGAGGCAUUGGAUCUAUCAAAAGAGAUGUCUGAGAUUUCAGGAUACAUCCUGAACAGGGCCCUACAGAACUUGCGUGCUGAGAGGAUUGAGUAUACUCUUCUUCAUGAAUUAUAUGAAAGAGGAUAUUUAUUUCCUUGUGUCGCAAGUCGAAGAGAAGUGAAGUAUACUGGAGGAUUGGUUCUAUCACCGCAGGUAGGGUUCUAUGAAGACCUUGUUCUUCUUCUAGACUUCAACUCAUUAUACCCGUCGAUUAUUCAGGAAUUCAAUGUAUGCUUCUCAACCAUUGGGAUGUUUAAUGGAAGGAUUUCGGGAGAUAUGGAUGGGGAAAAGUUGGAAAUGCUUACCGAGAAAAGUAGGAGCUCUGGAAGAGGAUUUCUCCCAAAGAUCCUGGAGGGAUUCGUUGGAAGAAGGAAGGCAGUCAAGGAUCUGAUGAAACGGUGUAAGGGAAAGGAAGAAAUAAAGGUGUUGGAAAUAAGGCAAAGGGCAUUAAAGUUGACUGCUAACAGCAUAUACGGUUGUCUUGGGUUUGCAGGGUCAAGGUUUUGUAACUAUACAAUGGCGGCAUACAUAACCAACAAGGGAAGAGACCUUCUUCUUGAGGCAAAAAGAAUAGCAGAAGAAGGAUGUGGGAUGAAGAUUAUUUACGGAGACACUGACUCUGUGAUGGUUCACACCGGGCUUGGUGGAGAGAUGUCUAACUACAAAAAGGCCCUGGAGAUGUCAGUGAGGUUAAAAGAUGCAAUCAACUCUCGGUAUAAGAAAAUAGAGAUUGAAGUUGAUAAGGUAUUCAAGAAGCUUUUGUUGUAUAAGAAGAAGAAGUAUGCAGGGCUUUACAUUACAGAGGAAGGAAAGAGUAGUAUUGAGUACAAAGGAUUAGACCUUGUUAGAAAAGACUUUUGUGAGGCCAGUAGAAGAGUGUGCAGAUCUGUUUUGGAACUAUUGCUUACGGAUUUCGAAGAUCCUAGGACCUACGCAAGGUUUUAUGAAGAUGAGCCAAAAAGAGUCCUGAAUGACGGAAAUAGCAAGAUAAGAAGGGCUGUGUACGAUGAAUUGAAAAAGCUGAGUAGUAACCUUGAAGGACUCCCUACCAAAGACUUUGUGAUUUAUAACACUCUGUCCAAGGCACCGGAGAAUUACGAUCCUUCUGUGGCACUUCCACAUGUUUCUCUUGCUCUAAGAUUGAAGGAGGCAGGAAUGAAGUUUGACCAGGGAGACGUUGCUUGUUAUGUGAUAGGGAAGGGAGGUCCAAACGAGGCUCCACAUAAGAGAGCAUAUCAUUUGAAUGAGGAUUUUGCCAUUGACUAUGAGUACUAUAUAUCAAAUCAGAUUCUUCCUCCUCUCCUCCGAAUUGUAGGGAUAGUCAAAGGGUUUCAUGGGGAAAAAAUAGGUAGAAUAUUCGGGGUGGAAAAGGUUGUAAAGACUGAAGUCCAGAAGAGUAUAUCGUUCCUAUCUCCUUGCUGUGGAAUUGUUCAGGAGGCGGCCCCGAAAUGUAAAGGAUGUUCUAGAAGUAUUCCCAGAACAUUCUACAUAUAUAAGGUCAGUAGGAUGAUCAGAAGAGAAGUUGAAUGCCUUUAUAGCGCAGAUUCCAAGUGUCUUGAGUGUGGGAUAUCUUCUUAUACACACAUGAAGAGAUGCUUCAACUGUAAUUCUGAGUUAUCCUUUGUUCCUCACAACCAGGAUUUUGACUAUUUUCUAAGUAAUCUCCAAGCGAUGUUUGCGGGAUGGGAUGAAAUAGAGGAUAUCAUAAGAAGACAUUUAGUGGUUUCCGAAUACAGGAGAAUAGAGCUGUCUAAGUAUUUUGAAAAAGAGAUAAAUAGAAACCAUUGA